AUGACCAAUGGCGGAUGGACGGUGAUACAACGCCGUCAAGACGGAUCAGAAAAUUUCUUCAGAACAUGGAACGAGUAUGCCACUGGUUUUGGGAACAGAACAGGCGAGUACUGGCUUGGUCUUGAAAACAUACAUCUGCUGACAAGAAACAGCAGCUCACUUUAUAUAGACAUGAGGAAGAAUUGUUUGCAUUUCCAUCGGAUGGAAUCGUUUGGAGAUGUUCCAACUUCUGCUGCUUAUGCUGAAUACACAACCUUCAAAGUUAAUGACAACAUGGAUAAGUACAGAUUGACAGUGGCGGGAUAUAAAGGGAAUUGUUCAGACAGUUUGAGUCCACACAACAAUACUCCGUUUUCAACCUUAGACAAUGACAAUGACUUACACGGACCAUAUAACUGUGCAGAAUACUACAGAGGGGCGUGGUGGUAUAAAAGCUGUUUUGCGUCCAGUCUAAACGGAUUGUACUUGGAUGGUGCCAGCAGUAACUUCGGCAGUGGCAUCAUCUGGAAUGAAAAAGCAGAUGGCGGUGACAACACAUCAAAACAAAGUUUUAAAAGGAUACAUAAACAACCAGAAGCUAUUGACUGCCUUGCUUUAUUUCAACAAGGCUAUCUCGCAAAUGGUGUAUACGUUGUGCAGCCGGUGGGCGGGACUAAUAUUGAGGCAUGGUGUGAUAUGACGAAUGGCGGAUGGACAGUGAUACAACGCCGUCAGGACGGAUCAGAGGAUUUUUACAGAGGAUGGGGAGAGUAUGUUGAAGGCUUCGGAAACAAAACAGGAGAGUACUGGCUUGGUCUUGAAAACAUACACCGGUUGACAAAAAACAGCAGCUCACUUUAUAUAGAAAUGGAAGCGUUUGGAGAUGUUCCAACUGUCGCUGCUUAUGCCGAAUACACAACCUUCAAAGUCAAUGAUAAUAGCGAUAAGUACAGAUUGACAGUGGCGGGAUUUAACGGGAAUUGUUCUGACGAUUUGACCUACCAUAACAAUAGCCAAUUUACAACUUUUGACAGUGAUAAUGAUGCCAAGGGAUCUGCCAACUGUGCAGUAAUAUACAGCGGAGCUUGGUGGUAUAAUAAUUGUCACCAUGCCAACCUAAACGGCUUGUAUUUAGGCGAUGGAACAACUGCAUUUGGUCAAGGUGUCAACUGGUACAGUUGCUGGGGCUUAGAAUAUUCUCUGAAAAGAACUGUAAUGAAAAUACUUCGAAACGUGUGA